CUUAUGCUUACAUCACCACAGAGGCGCCCAUGGUUAUUGUUUACGUGUGUGUUAACCUCAGAUGUACUUAACUUGUUUUAAAAGUGGAUUAUUUACCCAUCACCCGCUGAUUGUGUGUCAUGAUCGUACUGUGGGGGCGGUCUGAACCACUCUGUGUCCCCGCGGCUGUCACUGACUUUGACUCUGCUUUCUGUCAUCACCUGAUGGCCACAGGACAUUAACAGUGAUCCUGUGGUGGAGGGGACAUGUCUCUGUCCUCCCAGAGACAACAUGACACAACACGAUACGUCCUCGUAACGCUGUGAAGAAGGGGAAGUGAAAGCUCUCUCCACCUCCCUCUGUAAGAGCAAACUACCAGACAUUAGCUCUGUUUUAGCAAAUGAAGAGUGUCCUGUGGUCUUACGAUGCCGGACACGGAGAGGCCCCUGUCUGCUGCUGGAAAGCUCAGCUAUGCGCUGGGACACUUCCUGAACGACCUGUGUGCGUCUAUGUGGUUCACCUACCUGCUGGUCUUCUACCACUCUGUGCUGGGCUUCCGGAACACCAACGCGGGUGUCUUGCUGCUGGUGGGGCAGGUGGCUGAUGCUCUCUCUACACCUCUCAUCGGCUACGAGUCUGACAGAAACCCCGGCUGUGGAAACUAUGGCAGGAGGAAGACAUGGCACUUAGUGGGCACAGUGAGUGUGGUGCUGUCCUUUGCCUUCAUCUUCAACCAGUGUCUGGGCUGCAACCCCCUUACCCCUCAGUGGGUCAGCAUGACCUACUUCAUACCGUUCAUCAUCGUCUUUCAGUUUGGCUGGGCGGCCACACAGAUCUCCCACCUCUCUCUCAUUCCAGAGCUGGUCACCUGUGAGGAUGCUAAAGUAGAGCUCACUGCAUACAGAUACGCAUUCACAGUGAUUGCCAACAUCACAGUGUACGCUGUGGCCUACCUGCUGUUCCACAUGCAAGCCAGUGAGGAUGGCAACCCGCUCAGCGAUGCACUUGGACCAGUUGACAUCCCCAUCUUUAGGAAUUUGGCUCUGAUUGUUCUUGGUAUCGGUGCACUCUUCUCCAUCUUCUUCCACCUGGGAACCAAAGAGUCAGGGCACAGAGCCGAAGGGGAGGCGCUAGAAGAGGAUGUGAGGAACAGGAUGGAGAAGGAAGAGGAGGAAAGUGAGCGCAGCCCCUUGCUCCCUCACUCCCAGACCUCCUCAUCUCUGCUUCAGUGGAAGUGUUGGCUGCAGCAGCCUUCUUUCUACCAGGUGGCCUUACUCUACAUGUCUACCAGGUUAAUAGUGAAUCUGUCUCAGACCUACAUCUCAAUGUAUCUUAUUAACACUCUGGGGCUGCAUAAGAAGUUCAUAGCAACGAUCCCAUUAGUCAUGUACAUGAGUGGCUUCCUGUCCUCCUUCAUUAUGAAGCCUCUCACUAAAUUGAUUGGAAAAUGUCUCACCUAUUUUGUGGGCCUGCUACUGAUCAUGGCCUUCUCCUACUGGGUGCUGCUGGAUGACAGGAUGGGUCAGCAGGUCUACGGGGCAGCUGUGCUGCUGGGCGCAGGCUCAGCCACCAUCCUGGUUAUAUCGCUUGCCAUGACUGCUGAGCUCAUUUCCGAUCAGACUCAAAGUGGAGCAUUUGUUUAUGGAGCCAUGAGUUUCACUGAUAAGUUGGCUAAUGGAGUUGCAGUGAUGAUCAUUCAGGCACUACAUCCUUGCCACACUGUGGUAUGUUGUCCGGCCUGUGUCUGGUUCUAUCAUUACAUCAUGGUCAUUGUGACAGGAGGCGUGGCUGUCGUCGCAGCUAUGGCUCUCUGCUCCAUCCUUAUCUGGCCAAUAAGCAUCAGACCACGUGGUUUGCCUGUCAUCUCUGAUGAUGUCAUCACUCAUAAUGCAGCCAGUGUCAACUAAUACCCCUGGAACUGACUCCAUCACAGUGCAACUGAAAGGAUCAUACUCUGGACAGAUUCAUGUUAACUUGCCAGGUGAAUUCCUGAGUAGCUUCUCUACUUCAUAUCGUAGAAGAUUUUACGCUUCAGGGCUGAUGAAGAAAACAGGCAGAAUUGUCAACCUUUUAGUAACUGACCAUUCCAACAAUGUACAAACUUUUCCCUAAAACUAUAUUGACCCAUCAAAGACUGUUUUUUUUACAAAAAUCCAGAGAAUAUAGGUUAAUUUCAUUGAAGUAAAGGUAUGAGUGACUGCAUGCUUAACACUGGACUAUAUUGUUAUAAUGUUUGUCUUUACAAAUUACUUUACUGAACGUAGAGACACAGUCACACUUUAAGGGAUAGUUCACCCAGAAAUGAAAAUUCAUGCAUUAUCAACGGAUUAUCCACUAUGCUCAUCGAGGCGUGAGUGAAGUGUUUGUGUCCACAAUACACUUCUGGAGUCUCAGGGGUAAACAGAGUUAGACAUACUGCUCGUUAGGUGUCAUCCAAGUGUCCGCAAGCCACGACAUUCAUAUUCGACUCUAAACGAGUGAAUUUACAUCCAGAUGAAAGUUAUAUGUAACUUUGGAAAAUUGUGCGAAAAAUGUCUCCAGAGGUAAGACUGGGAAUACUCGCAUAACAUUCUUGGAAAAACCUUUUUUUUCACGAGUGUAGACGCAGCUCACCUCAACUGGACCACUACCAAGGACAAUGUGAUCUGUGAUCCAGAUCAUCCGUUCAUUUGAUAAGGGACGUCAGCCAAACAAAAGGGAACUGGCCACAAUAUAUGAAGUAGGAGAAAAACGGACCAUUUAAAAUCCUGUCCUCCUGUCAGCUUGUCAGGUAUGGUGACAGAAGACGCUAUAUUGCUUCAAUAACACGUUGUUGCACUACAUCUUCCCCCAUAGAUAAACCACUACAUUUACAGACUGUCAUUGGUCACAUGAAGAGUCACCCUGAACUCCACAGACUGGCAUGAUGAAUGCACAAAUGACACUUAAAAAACAAAUGAAUCUUAAACUUUCAACCUGACUUUGGGAGCAAACAGGCAGGGAAAUUGAGCUUUUCUCUGCUGACUAAGAGACUCUCACUUCACUGGCUGUUGAGUGACUUAGCUUCAUGCACUUGAUUUUUUGGACACGUGCCUGGAUACCAGUAGAGAAUUGUUCACUAGAGCGCUGCAGUUUUAAGAGAUGCUGACGUUCAUUUAAAACCUGUUCUGCAGCACGGAAGGAUUGAGGCAUACUGGGAUAUCUUGAGAUUUUUGAGGGUCAUCUUAUUAAAGAAAUUGGUGGUAAUGUUUCUAUUUUUAUAAUUGUAUUUUUAUGAUUAAAAGACACACAAACAACAGAAUGCCAUUUGCUAUAACCAAACUUUAAUGUGAUCAAUAGUUUGUUAUGUGAGUUUAUAUAAAAUAUAAUUAUGAAUAUAAGGGAAUCAUGCAGCUAAAUUAUCAGAGCAGGUACUGAUGUUUGACUGGUCGCUGUGUGAAAGCGUCCGUCUGUAGUCAUGUUCUGACAAAGCUUCUCAUAAUUUUUCAUAUAAUUUACAUUGACGUUUGUUUGCCUUUUUUGUGUCUUUGCUGCUCUGAUGACAGCUUUCAUAAAGGUAUAUUAAAUAUG